GGCUUGUCUGUUCGGAUCCUAAGAGGCCCAGCCCUAAAGCGUAGGGAGUGAGAGAGAAAAAAACAUUUUAUGUCGGCCACGGUGCGUUUCCGAUUAUUUAUCGAGCAGAAGAAAGGGGGAGCUCUUUUUCAUUUUUUUCUUCACCAUCAUUUUUUCCCCUCGUCCUCUCCCUCUCCCACAGCCGGAGCGCCGGCCCUGCCUUUUCUCCCAGUGAUUCUGCGAACCGGCUUCCUGUGUUUGUGUGGCUCUCGCACUAAGCGGAGGGAGAGCGGAGGUCCGAAAGCAUUUGCCAGCCUGCCACCUCAACAUGGUAUAGUCGCGUUUCUUCAACACCAGUGAGAGGGAGCACAAAGAGCACUCCGCGUCGAGCCUUUAAACCGUUUAAAUAACUUCACCAAUGAAGAGACACGGCUUUGCAAAGAUACAAUCAGCGUGAAGGAAGAAGGAUAGACACUGCAGUUUUAUUUAUUAUCUAAAAGAUGGCGAACGACUCUCCAGCUAAAAGUCUGGUGGACAUAGAUCUUUCCUCUUUGCGGGAUCCUGCUGGGAUAUUUGAAUUGGUGGAAGUGGUCGGUAAUGGAACCUAUGGACAAGUAUACAAGGGGCGACAUGUCAAAACGGGACAGCUGGCGGCCAUCAAGGUCAUGGAUGUCACGGAGGAUGAAGAGGAGGAAAUUAAACUGGAGAUUAAUAUGCUGAAGAAGUACUCCCACCACAGAAACAUUGCCACCUACUACGGUGCUUUCAUAAAAAAGAGCCCCCCAGGCCAUGAUGACCAGCUGUGGCUGGUGAUGGAGUUCUGUGGCGCCGGGUCCAUCACAGACCUGGUGAAGAACACCAAGGGAAACACGCUGAAAGAGGACUGGAUCGCCUACAUCUCUAGAGAGAUCCUUCGAGGGCUGUCCCACCUGCACGCCCAUCACGUGAUCCACCGCGACAUCAAGGGCCAGAACGUCCUGCUGACGGAGAACGCCGAGGUCAAGCUGGUUGAUUUUGGUGUGAGCGCACAGCUGGACAGGACGGUCGGUCGGAGGAACACCUUCAUCGGGACACCCUACUGGAUGGCCCCGGAGGUCAUCGCGUGCGAUGAGAACCCGGACGCUACCUACGACUAUCGGAGUGACUUGUGGUCCUGUGGGAUAACCGCCAUUGAGAUGGCCGAGGGAGCACCCCCUCUCUGCGACAUGCAUCCAAUGCGAGCCCUUUUCCUCAUCCCCAGGAACCCUCCGCCGAGACUCAAGUCCAAGAAAUGGUCCAAAAAGUUCUUCAGCUUCAUCGAGGGUUGUCUGGUGAAAAACUACACUCAGCGCCCCCCAACUGAACAGCUGCUGAAGCACCCCUUCAUUCGGGACCAGCCCAAUGAAAGACAGGUCCGGAUUCAACUCAAGGACCACAUCGACCGCACCCGCAAGAAGAGAGGCGAGAAAGAUGAGACGGAGUACGAGUACAGUGGGAGCGAGGAGGAGGAGGAGGAACCGCCAGAGCAGGAGGGAGAGCCCAGCUCCAUCGUGAACGUCCCGGGAGAGUCGACCCUGCGCAGGGACUUCAUCCGCCUCCAGCAGGAGAACAAGGAGCGUUCGGAGGCGCUGCGCAGACAGCAGCUCCUGCAGGAGCAGCAGCUCCGCGAGCAGGAGGAGUACAAGCGCCAGCUGCUGGCCGAGAGGCAGAAGCGCAUCGAGCAGCAGAAGGAGCAGAGGCGGCGGCUGGAGGAGCAACAGCGGCGUGAGCGGGAGAUGAGGAGGCAGCAGGAGCGGGAGCAGCGGCGGCGGGAGCAGGAGGAGAAGCGCCGCGUGGAGGAGAUGGAGCGCAGGCGCAAGGAGGAAGAGGAGCGCAGGAGGGCCGAGGAGGAGAAGAGGAGAGCCGAGCGGGAGCAGGAGUACAUCCGUCGUCAACUGGAGGAGGAGCAGAGACACCUAGAGAUCCUGCAGCAGCAGCUGCUCCAUGAACAAGCCAUGUUGCUGGAGUACAAAUGGCGGGAGAUGGAGGAGCAGCGGCAAGCGGCUCGUCUCCAGCGGCAGCUGCAGCAGGAGCAGGCCUACCUGCUCUCGCUCCAGCAGGACCACAAGCAGCAGCAGCAGCAGCAGCCACAGCAGCAGCAACAGGCUGCCCCGCCCCCAGAGCCCAAAGGCCCCGCCCCUCAACCCGAGCCUCAGCCAAUCGAGCGGGUCAGAGAGGCUGAUGAAAGAUUUCGAAAGAAUGUUCAGGGCUCUCCUCAAGCAGCACAGUCCAAGCAGCCCCCCGUGCCCCCCCGCGCGGAACCAUUCUCUAACGGCAACUCCUCCGAGCCAGUGCACAGGCCCACAGAACCUCAGGUCCAGUGGUCUCAUGUGGCAGCUCCCCCUGUGUCUCGCUCCCAUUCCUUCAGUGAUCCGCUUCCUAGUUUUGCACAUCUCCAUCUGCGCUCUCAGGACCCCCACCACCCAGCGCCUGCACGCGGCGAUCCGCUGCCCCCCUCAGAACCUAGGGCAGAGCCCCCUGGGGCCUGGGCUCGGGGCCACAAUGAGGAGGUCCCUCCCAGGGUCCCGGUGAGGACAACGUCCAGGUCCCCUGUGCUCCCUCGCCGGGAGUCGCCCCUCCAGGGGAACCUGCAGCAGCAGAGCAGCCAGGUGGGACAGAGGAACUCCAGUAACGCAGAGCCACGCCUCCUCUGGGACCGUGUGGAGAAGCUGGCCUCCAGGCCGGGCAGCGGCAGCUCCUCCGGCUCCAGUAACUCCAGCUCUCAGGCCGGGUCCCAGAGCAGCUCUGGGGAAAGGUUCCGAGUGCGCUCCUCUUCAAAGUCUGAGGGCUCCCCCAUGCAGCGCCCGGAACACGCCGGAAAGAAGCCCGACGAGAAGAAGGACUUUGUCAGACCGAGCCGGCCAGCUGACCUUACUGCCCUGGCCAAGGAGCUGCGUGCCGUGGAGGACGUCCGCCCCCCCCACAAGGUGACGGAUUACUCGUCCUCCAGCGAGGAGUCGGGGACCACAGAUGAGGACGAUGAGGACGUGGACCAGGAGGGUGCGGAGGAGUCCACUUCUGGCCCUGAGGACUCGCGAGCGGUCUCUUCCAAGCUGAGCAACGGCGAGACGGAGUCGGUGAAGACGAUGAUUGUGCACGACGAGGCGGAGAGCGACCCGGCCACCACGCCCUGCAAAGACGGAACUUUGAUAGUCCGGCAGAGCGCGGGUGACAAAAAGCGCCCCGGCCCAGGCCCAGGCCCCGGCCCCGCCCACCAAGAGAGCAAUGGCUUUGCCGGCCGCAUUCACCUCUUACCAGAUCUCAUCCAGCAAAGCCAUUCCUCCUCCUCCAACUCCCCUUCAUCCACCCAGACGAGCCCCUCCAUGUCCCCCCAGACCCCCCUGGACAAGCUCACUGCUAACCAGACCCAGUCUGCCAGUAACACUUUGCAGAAGCAUAAGUCCUCCUCCUCUUUCACCCCAUUCAUUGAUCCCCGGUUGUUGCAGAUCUCCCCCUCCAGCGGGACCUCCCUCAACUCUGUGGCAGGUUUCGGUAAUGAGGCCAGACUACAGGAAGUCCUGAGACAGGACCCCUCCAGGAAGGGCUCAGUGGUGAACGUGAACCCCGUGAACACACGGCCGCAGAGUGACACCCCAGAAAUUCGCAAAUACAAGAAGCGGUUCAACUCCGAGAUCCUGUGUGCUGCACUGUGGGGUGUGAACCUGCUGGUGGGCACAGAGAGCGGUCUGAUGCUGCUGGACCGGAGCGGCCAGGGGAAGGUCUACCCCCUCAUCAGCCGCAGACGCAUCCAGCAGAUGGACGUGCUGGAGGGACUCAACGUCCUUGUGACAAUAUCAGGUAAAAAGAACAAGCUGCGAGUGUACUACCUAUCCUGGCUGAGGAACAAGAUUCUGCACAAUGAUCCUGAGGUAGAGAAGAAGCAGGGCUGGACCACGGUGGGUGACCUGGAGGGCUGUGUGCACUACAAAGUCGUAAAAUAUGAGCGAAUCAAGUUUUUAGUUCUGGCGUUGAAGAAUUCCGUGGAAGUCUAUGCAUGGGCCCCAAAGCCAUACCACAAGUUCAUGGCCUUUAAGUCGUUUGGAGAAUUGGUGCACAAGCCGCUGCUGGUUGACCUGACGGUGGAGGAAGGUCAGAGGCUGAAGGUCAUCUAUGGCUCCUGCUCUGGGUUCCACGCUGUGGAUGUGGACUCGGGGGCUGUGUACGACAUCUAUCUGCCAACGCACAUCCAGACAAGCAUCCAGUCUCACGCCAUCAUCAUCCUGCCGAACACGGACGGCAUCGAGCUGCUGGUGUGCUAUGAGGAUGAGGGGGUCUACGUCAACACGUACGGGCGGAUCACCAAAGACGUGGUGCUGCAGUGGGGAGAGAUGCCCACCUCUGUGGCCUACAUCAGGUCCAACCAGAUAAUGGGUUGGGGAGAGAAGGCUAUCGAAAUCCGCUCCGUGGAGACGGGACACUUGGAUGGAGUCUUCAUGCACAAGAGAGCCCAGAGGCUCAAGUUUCUGUGUGAGAGAAAUGACAAGGUGUUCUUUGCAUCCGUGCGCUCUGGAGGCUCCAGUCAGGUGUACUUCAUGACACUGGGGAGGAGCUCCCUGCUCAGCUGGUAGGAAACACACACUGGCGUACUGGAGAAAAAGAUGAAGGAACGACCGUCUGCAAGAUUCAAGAUGACAAUGGAAAAAAAUGUUAAAAAAAGACCCUUUCACUUAAUCUACAACCGGAGUACCGAGCUACACCGAGCACUGGGGCCGUGCAACACCUUAGACUGCCGCCGCACACGAAACGGAUCUGGAGUUUUACCGAAGCGCGCUAAGACAUGAGCUGGUGAAAAGGGCUUCUUGGUGCUGAUGAGAUGGAGGAUGUCGGGCGUCCGGAUUGUUACAGUGUCAACAGUGGCGCAAUACCAGGCAACAGGGUUAACCCAUCGCUGUACCAGACUCCCCUCUUGGGUCCAUGCCCUGUCCUGCUCACAGUGCAGGAGCCCUCUGCCCACUGUGGUUCACCCCAGGUGGGCAGGGGCUGCAGCUUACAGUUCAUUAGUCCAUUAUAUAUUAGACCAGCCAGGAGGGGGGUGGGGGGUGAAAGCCUGUACUAUUAAUGGUUCAGUGUAUUUUAGAUCCAGCCAGGACAGCACAGCUGAAGGCCUGCUCUGUUAAUACGCUUGUAUACGUUAAGAUGUCUCUCUUUUGAAUCCGUUGUCUUAUGGCCCCAAAGUCAGGGUACAGCCAUGACCAUUCGUUAAUGGUAGUCACCACAGUUGUCACAUUGUGUGUCAAAAGCAGUAAGGCUUGGAUCAAGUGAUGUCGGUGGGGCAGGUCUGUGGUUUGGGCCGUGUGUAGGGGGGUGGUGGUCCGCAGAUGCAGCUGUCACUGGACCUUUAGCCAAGUUAGAAAAAGGAAUUCGCCGCUUUUCCGGUUGUGAGGAAAGUUCAUUGGAAACCUUAUCAUGCACCUACCAUUUAAAA